AGGAAUUCAAACGGAAGACGCUGCUUACAUUGGAGAUGGUUGCGUCAACAAACGGCACGAAAGCGUCAGAUAGAGAAAAGAUUUGGAUUUAACAUUAACAUAUAAAGAAAGGAGGUCAUUAAACAGCUUAUAUAUUCAGAUCGGAAGGACUUCGUUGAGUUUCAAAUGUAAUCGGUGCGAUGAGAAAUUCCGAACUUUCAUAUCUUUAAUGAAACACAGAAACGUUCCGUCCAAAUAUAAUGACCGAAAAUGCGGGGAUAUUUUGCCGAAGAUUUGCCUUUCAGCCAGUAUGGUUGACUUUUUAAAACACAAUCGAAAUAUUAAACUAUUCCAGUGCAAGACAUGUCAGAAAGACUUCUCUCAUAUUACUUACUUCUUGGUUCAUUUACGAAUUCAUAGCAAACAAGCUCCCUACAUAUGUGAUUACUGUUCUAAAACAUUUAUUAUUGGCUUGAAUCUUCAGAGGCACCUGGAGAGUCACAAGACAGAUGUUCUGCAUCUCCCUAAAUGCGAAAGCUGUUCAAAUGAUAUUGAUAAACUUAUGAAGUUAUUUAAAGUCGAUUCUUAUUCAAAUUGUUGUCGGUGCCCUUUCUGUUAUAAAAAUAUUAAAGCUGAUAAAAAUUUCACGGUAGCACAUUUAAGAAGUCACUUUCCAGAACACUCCACUUGUGCCAAAUGUAACUUCAGAAUUAUCCAUUACAAAAAGAUAAUGAGAAAGUUGAAAACAAAAGUCCUUUUACAAAGUACCCAUCGCUCGCUUAAGAGAAUAGGUCGAACGGGUAUUUCCGUGAUAGAAUGCGAACGCUGUGGUGAAUGGUUCAAGCGGAACCAGCUUGCAAUACAUUUAAUCUCCCAUUCAAUGGAGCAACUUCACUGUAUGUAUUGUGAUGUAAUCUUCAGAAGUCGUUAUUUACUAAAGAAACACGAGGCAACUUGUGAAAAUAAAGAUGUAAUUGCUAAAUCAGAAGGAAUGUCUAUGAAAUCGGACUUGCUAAAAGAGAGAAACAACCUCAAGCAAUGUCCUUUUUGCUCCCAAAUUUUUUUAUCUUUCACAACGUUGAAAAUGCACUUACCGACUCAUGCAGAAAACUAUGCUUUGAAACCAGAUUUUGAAUCAUUAGAAGAGGAUCCAGACGAAACAAAUUUGGAAACAAGCUCGGAACGUAUCCGAGCCCUCAGUUGCAUAAAUGGUGAAACCAAGACUAACGGGUCUAGUGUGAGGAAUUUAAAACCAAAUGCGUUUAACCACUGUAGUUUUUGCUCAGCUAUUUGUCAAAAUGUACCAGAACGGAAACUUCAUGAAAUGGACCAUUACGAGAUUCCAGCAUCUUAUUCUGAAUUUUACUCGAAUGAAUAUAAAAUUCAACAUCACUCAAAUUUGCUUUAUCAGUGUAAAUAUUGCAGGAAAGUUUUCAUGAGCGCCUGCAACUUUAAUUCCCAUAUAGACUGUCACUUUAGUAAGCCGCCAUUUUAUUGUAAAGUCGGCCGCGAAGUUUUUACGAGUCCAGACGGUUUUGACCACGAGAAAGACCACUCGAUAUUACAAACUAGAGAUAAUUCUCAUGCUGUUUCAUCCAGUUCUAUCCGUUUGUGUGAAAUAUGCGGAGAAAUUUUCCAUAAUCUAAAUAUUUUCAAAAAACAUUUAAAAUCUCAUGAAAUGAAGUGUAUUAAUUGUUCGACGCCCUUUUCCACAGAUAAAUCGCUUCAUGACCACAUGAAACAUUUAGUACCAAUAACAGGCGAUAACGAUCGAUCAAGACCUGCUCCUCCGAGAGAGAACAUAGAUGUCGAAUUAACUUUAGCAAAUGCCAAGAACAACAGGUUUCCGAAAGCCGAGACAUACACUUUUUCAGGUCCAGAUAAAAGAAAUCUUUCUGUCUCAUCCCAAGGUUAUGAAACUGGUCUGGAUUUUGUUCCUUUCUAUAAAAAUAGACCAAACUUAAUUCCAUCUUCUCCGUAUCAAUUCGAACCACCCAAAGUUUCCAGUUUUUGUGAGAGACGACUUCUACAAACCGGAAAGAAUACAAAUUAUUAUAACCCACUGCUGUUGCAAAAAAACAAGAGCGAUAGUAAUUUUUCAGUGGCUGGCAGCAAUGGUUUCUCUCGCUUUAAUGAUGGAAACGAAGCAUAUAGACCCAAGCCAACUCGCGUGAAUAUCAAUUGUAAUUUUUCUAGUCGAGAGGAAAUAGGUCUUCCCCACAAAAGUGUUAAUAGCCCAGUAAAUGAAAACUUAGGUAUGGAUAACUUUAAUGCUUUCAAAUCUAUGAACACUGUUGCUGCAUUUGAGCCACUCAAAAUAGAACCGACUAACUCCCGGUAUCAGAAUCAUUAUUCUUGCAGCAGAAAUAAACUAGAAUCAUCAAAUAUUUUUGAUAAUAAACAAGAAUGUGGUUUAAUUUUAGACAUUCCAUUUGAUAAAUAUCCCAACGCUUUAGACUUCAGGGAUGAAAACCAACUUAAUAAUCAGAAAGAAAAUGAAAACAACUCAGUUUUGAUUCAAGCAGGUUCAAGCUCCACUGGAAUGUCUCACUUUAAGGAAAACAAUUGUUUAGUUAUUGAUACAAAUGAUAGUAGCUUAGAGCAAAGUAUUUGUGAAAAUUGGGAAUCUAAACAAAAGGGAAAAGAUUCUGAUAAAUUUCAGCUGAAAGAGCACACUGCAUUAGUAUCGGCUUCUCCAUUGCAAAAACAUCCGAGUAAGAGAUAUCAACCGGCUGAUAUCUACUUUUCAAAAUCCAGCACAAUAAAGGAAGAGUUAGGAUGUCUGUCGAAGUCUAAAUCAAAAAAUAUCUACAGCGAGUAUAAUUUUCCAAAAUAUUCGAUUUCACUUGAAAACAAAUCACUAUAUGCUACUUCUCAAUCCAACAAUUGUCAAGAUAAAGAAAGUACCUGUCAAAACAGAAGGAAUUUCUUAAAAAUUCCCGAAGUACAUUCAAACUGGAACAAUAACGGAAACAUAUCAGAAAAAUUGAUGAUUACAAAAAUGUCCAAAACUCCAAUAAAAAAGGGUGACGCUGGCUGUCAUGCGUCAGUGAAUGAAAACCACUUCAGUGACGCGAAUAACAAUACAUUAUGCGACAAUCUGACAGAUUACACACACACUACGUUAGCGACAUCUUGUGAUCGCGAAGAAAACUUUUCUUUUAUAUAACAUCCCAAUCCAAACUAGCUGCCUUCGUUAGGUAACAAAGAAGAGGGAUAACAACUUAAGGACUUUAAAGUUUAUCGGAAUAGAUAAACAAUAUAUUUUUGUUUGAUUCUCUAUAACGGUGUCUUUUUUUCAGCCUGC